AUGUGCAUGAUUGGUUUGCUUUGGUUUAGAGAUACAGAACUACUCUUGUCAUCCGGCUGCGUCACGAGUCUUACUUUUGGAGUUGCUUCUUUGUUGGACCUAGCAGACUAUCUCAGUUCCAUGGAAAUUCUAUUAAUGGAUGAGGGAUCAAUUCCUGAUAUCGGGUUUUUGAACAUUACUAUAUGGGUGCCACUGAAAGUGGAAAACUGGAAGUGA